GGAUUUUCUCCCAUAUUCUCAGUAUUUCCAGAAGAAAGUCAGUUCAUGUACUCCAUAUUCUCCCCAAACUUCCCCGCACGACACCACGUUCGGUAUCGCUCAGCCAAAGCUGGGGUACGCUGAUUCGGCGGAAAACAACCCCAGAUUUUUGCUAGUUGGCGAAGACUCCACCAUCCUCUCUCUCCAGAUCCGAUGGCACCAGGCCGAAGUUGUGAUGGACAGACUUUACAACGUUCAUAUAACUGACGACGUUAUCCGCUCUUUUCACUAUGCCGAUCUCUUAAUGGCCCUUGGCUUCAUUCCUGGACGAUUUAUUUUUUGCCAUCCCAAGUGGACUUGUCUUGUGUGCCUACACUCUUGACACAGCAAAUAAGCCCCCCUCAACAUUAUGGGUGGAUUUCGUGCCGUUGAAGAUCGGCCAACGCCGAAGGAGGUGUACAACUGGCGGUUGUAUUUUGAGGCUGCAGUCAUUGCUACCGGUUCUCUACUCUUUGGCUAUGAUGGCGCAUUUCUCGGAACGACAAUUGCUCGCGCAAGUUUUAAAAAGGACUUUAAUAUUUUACCGGCCGAUGCGAGUAGCAUUUCGAGUAACAUCACUUCUGCUUUCCAAGCGGGUGCUUUCUUUGGGGCCAUUUUUUGCUUCUUUAUCACCGAAAAAAUAGGUCGCAAGUGGGCGCUUUUCACUUCCAAUGUGGUAUUCCUUAUUGGUGCAGUCAUUAUGACGGCUGCAACACACUCACUAUCGAACAUCUAUGCUGGUCGAGUUCUCACCGGGCUUGCCUGCGGUGGAAUCACCGCCACCGUUCCAAGCUACAUUGCCGAGCUUUCCAUCCCUUCUAUUCGCGGUAUACUCACUGGCCUUUUCGAAAUUGCGUAUCAAAUUGGAUCUGUCAUUGGCUUUUGGAUCAACUACGGAAUCAAUCAGAAUAUGGACCAAAGCUCAACAGCUUCAUGGCGCAUUCCCAUGGCCGUUCAAAUUAUCCCCUGCGGCAUGCUGCUGCUUGGAGCCGUGUUUCUACACGAAAGUCCUCUAUGGCUCUUUCGAAAUGAUAAAGUCGAAGAAGGAACAAAGGCUCUGGAACAAAUUCGCCAGCUCCCACGCGAUCAUCAGUACAUACAAGAAGACAUACAAAUGAUCCGAAGUCGCCUGAUGGAGGAAGCCAACAUCGCGAGUAGAUACGGCACUGGGUCAUGGGCACUCUUCCGUGGGGCUCUGUACGAAUUAUCUCGCAAGGGCAUGCGCAAUCGUGUCAUUCUCGUAUUCUGCUCUUUUGCCCUGCAAAAUAUGUCUGGAGCAGCAGCUAUUAAUUACUAUUCGCCUACACUAUUUGCCUCAUUGGGUAUUACAGAUGUCUCUCUCUACACUGGCAUCUAUGGCCUUGUCAAGGCAGUUGCUUCAAUAAUUUUCUACGUCUUCUUAAUCGAUAUAUGGGGCCGCCGACAUCCGACUAUUCUCUCAUCAAUUGCUUGCUCACUCUGUCUUUGGUUUAUCGGUGCAUAUGUCAAGAUUGGACAUCCAGCCGACAUCAUCAAAGCCGGACAGCAGCUUUCAUCAUCCACUGCAACUGGCGGCAGGGCUGCAACUGCUAUGAUCAUGAUAUAUUCUGUCUUCUGGUCCUUCGGACUUAAUGGAAUUCCUUGGAUUGUUGCGGCCGAAAUCUUCCCAGGAGCUUUACGUAACUUUUCUGGAACAUGGGCGGCACUCUGCCAAUGGCUCACCCAGUUCGUUAUUACGAAGGCACUGCCAUAUAUCUUUGCCUCUCUAGGCUAUGGCACCUGGUUCUUCUUCGCGUCCUGGAUGCUACUUGCAACUAUUUGGGCUUUCUUCUUUCUUCCAGAGACGAAAGGCAAGACUUUGGAUGAAAUUGACGUUAUUUUUGGAUAUGCCGAAGACAGAAGACAAUUCUUCCCAGAGACAUCAAAUGCCGACAUUACCAAGGAAGAUGCAGAAGUAUUCACAAAGGAGUAAAGUUUUACUUUAUUUCUAUUUUUCAUUUAUUCUUAUUUUUUAAAUUAUAUCCAACAAUUUAAUGCGGAGGAAUGAGAGGGGGAUGCCGCGAAUCAUCUGUUUAUUGCACACGACCUGCACAAAGGUUAGCGGGGUGUGCGCCUCAUUCAACUACGCAUUAUCGUCGAGAUAUCCAUUGUUGAUAUGGGAUUCUAAUAUACCAAUUCCACCAUUUUAUCUUUGGCUAUGAGGAUUUGGCAAACUGAGAUUAUCCAUUGCUAUACGUAGCUCUAAAU